UUUUUUUCAUUGUCAAAUGAUCAGUAUUCUUUUAUCUGUAAGUGUCAGAAACCGAUUGCAAAAAUUAAAGGUUGAAGAAAACUCCGAAAUUAAACAUUCAUUUAUCAAAUAAUCCUCGUACUUAAAUUUGUAUUUGUUGUUUAAAUAUAAUGACCAACAAAGGUUUCGUUUCAUUUUUCAAAGAUUUCUACUAUGAUCCUUUUAAGUGGUCGGUUGUGAAGAGUGUGGGCUUCUUCACAGUUGGCGUUGUUAUCGCUAGCGAGUGCUCCGGUCUAGAACUGAUGCCCGCCGUCCCGCAAUAAUUUAUUAUUUCUAUUAAUAGUCCGUGAAAAUGUAUAGUUAUAUCUUACUUGUGUUAUUUUUUGCUCCGUUUAGUGCGUGUCAGGAUAAACCGAAUUUCGUAGUGAUUCUAACCGACGAUCAGGAUGUAGUUUUGGACGGUAUGAACCCAAUGCAGAGUGUCAAACGGUUCAUCGGAAACGAAGGAACCACGUUUACGAACUCUUACGUUACUUCACCAAUAUGCUGUCCAAGUAGAGCCAGUUUCCUAACAGGGCUUCACGUCCACAACCAUAUGACGUGGAAUAACAGCAUCAGCGGCGGUUGUUAUAGUCGUGUUUGGAGGAAAUUCGAAAAACGCACUUUCGCCACGGCACUAAAGGACGCGGGAUACAAUACGUUUUACGCGGGAAAAUAUUUAAACGAGUACGGCGUCCAUGCGUCUGGCGGUCCUGAACAAGUUCCUCCGGGCUGGUCAGAGUGGCACGGACUCGUUGGAAACUCUGUGUAUUACAACUACACUAUAUCUAAUAAUGGUGUACCAACAUUUUCAACAGAUCUAUAUCUUACUGAUAUUAUACGUGAUCUAAGUUUGAAUUAUAUCGAGAAUCAAACUGAGUCGCGUCCUUUCCUGAUGGUUUUGGCGCCGCCUGCACCCCACCAGCCCGCGACACCGGCUGAGAGACACCGCGGCGUCUACGACAACACCACAGUACUAAAAACGCCGAACUUUAACAUAGCUGACGAUAACAAACAUUGGCUCAUAAGAAUGCCACCUUCGCCUCUACCGGAAAAAAUGAUGCCUGAAUUAGACAGAGUUUACCGUUCGAGGUGGGAAAGUCUGUUGGCUGUCGAUGAAAUGGUAGCUGAUGUGGUAGAAUCAUUGGACUCAAAUGGCCUCUUGCAGAACACAUAUCUAAUAUUCACAUCGGAUAAUGGUUAUCAUAUUGGUCAGUUCUCGCAAGUGUAUGAUAAACGGCAGCCCUACGAGGCGGAUAUCAAAGUCCCGUUGCUCAUACGUGGACCAACAUUCCCCAGGAACUACACUGACAGCCAGCCGGUAUUGAACAUUGACAUAGCUCCAACUAUUAUGGCAUUGGCUGGUUUGUCCCCGCCGAGGACUAUGGACGGAAGACAGAUAACGGUCGCUCAGGAAGUAGAGAGAUACAUGCUGGUAGAAUACUACGGAGAGGGCAGAGACGACUCAGUAGAUCCAAGCUGCCCUUGGAAAUAUGACAGCGAACAUCUAGCGCAAUGUUAUCCCCAAUACGAUUGCAAGUGCCAGGACGCUAGGAACAACACAUUCGCUUGCUUGAGACACAUUUCGCAACGAUUCAACAUGAAAUACUGCAGCUUCGCAGACUCCGAGAACUUCACAGAAAUGUAUGACUUGAGCACAGACUUGUAUGAACUGGACAACAUAGUGGACAAAGUUCUACCAUCUAUAAAACACUGGUACAAAUUAACUCUGUCCCAAAUGCUGACGUGCAAAGGCUACAAGAAUUGCGAUAACCCUUUGGAGAACCCUAAAGUUUAUGGCUGAAAAGAUCAAUAGAUGUUAUUUAAUUUUUUUUAAGAAUAAAUGGCUUGAUUAAAUGCA